AUGGCUGGCAGUGCUGUCGAACCAGAGCAUACCUUCAAUUCCACAGACUCAAUUGAUCUUAUAACCUCUGUAAAAAACAUCUUGCAUUUUCACUCGGCCUGGAUUCUAUUUGUAAUAUUUCUCACAGCUUUCAUCUCAAAUGGUAUUCUAUCAGCCGAACCAGCAUCCGAUUCCAAUGGACCUGUCCAGCUAGGGCCUGGCGGAAAACCCUUGCCCCCUUCGGCGAAGAGGACAAAAGAAGAACGUGAUAAGAGACAGAGGCUCUUAGAUUUUUCACCUACAAGGAAAGCCAUAUUUCGGUUUUUAUCUAUCGGACUCAUUGCUACUUUUCUUGCCAACGGCAUCAACAUUGUCUCGCAUGCACUCUCUGAGCAAGACGGCUGGUGGUGUGGAGAGGCGACUGGCUUAUAUGUCUGUGCCUCAGCAUUUUUCUACUGUAUAGUUCUCAUUUCUCUUCUUGAUACAUCACCGUCUCCGAAUAUUGCGCACCAGAUUACUUGGAUCGCAGCAACAAUAGUAGAAGUAACGCUUCUCGUCAUAACGUGUGCUCUCUACAUUCCUCAACAUAAAGACAUCAACUCCCUCGAAAGGGGUAUCAAGGAAAAUUACAGCGGUCUUAACGAGUGGGAGAUUAUUGAGUUAGUCUGCGAUGGGAUUCGGGUCAUAAUUCUAAUAUUUCUGGUCAUAUUCUACACCUUUUUCUCGCUUGAGAGGAUCGCGAAAUUUAAAAAUUUUGCUGGAAGUGAGUCAGAUGAGGCUGUUCCAUUACUUGUCAACGGAUGUGCCAACGGAAAUAUACCUUCCAUAGGUGGUCUCACUGACAACGGAAGUGAUUACGCCUCUCAGGUUGGAAAUAACGAUGUUGGAAUUGCCAGCAACCGUGAUCAGGAUCCACCUGCUUUUUACAAACCAACAAAGGUUCCUGAUCGCACUUGGUGGGAAUAUCUACGGGGAUAUUCUGUUUUUUUUCCAUACUUAUGGCCAAGCAAGUCUUUACGAUUAAAGCUGAUUGUAGUCGUAUGCUUCCUACUAAUUAUCUGCCAAAGGGCUGUAAAUAUUGCAGUACCCUUGCAGAUUGGAAAGGUGACCGAUCAACUCGCAAACAAAGACCCGGAACAUCCAACCAGCGGUAUGCCUUGGCUAUCAAUCAGUCUUCUUAUUAUCUACAAGCUUCUUCAAGGGUCAUCCGGUAUACUUGGCUCAGCUCGGUCCGUGCUAUGGAUACCUAUAUCUCAAUACUCUUAUCAGGCACUGACAACUGCUUCUUUUGAACAUGUACAUGGCCUGAGUCUAGAUUUUCACCUAUCCAAGCGCACUGGCGAAGUUCUGUCUGCGCUCAGCAAGGGAAAUGCCAUCAAUAACUUUCUUGAGCAGGUCACAUUUCAGGUCGCACCGAUGAUCUUCGAUUUGGGCGUUGCAAUUGUCUACUUUGGAAUCGCAUUUGACGCGUAUUAUGCCCUGAUUGUAGCAGUAAUCACCUUCUCAUACUUAUAUCUCACCGUGCGGAUGGCCCGCUGGCGCUCUGACCAGCGUCGACAAAUGACGAAUCUGAGUAGGGAAGAAGACGCUGUAAAGAAUGACUCUCUUAUUUCUUAUGAAACUGUAAAGUAUUUCAAUGCCGAAAAGUACGAAUUUAAACGCUACCGCGAUGCUGUGCGAGCAUUUCAAGGGAUGGAGUACAAAGUUAAUCUAUCCCUUAACGUGCUUAACAUAUCGCAAAAUAUGGUAUUUAUGACUGGCCUACUUAUGACAUCAUUUAUAUCCGCUUAUCAGGUUACCACGCAUGCACGAAAGGUAGGUGACUUUGUUACAUUACUGACCUACAUGGCUCAACUCCAGCAACCACUAAACUUCUUUGGAUCUUUUUAUCGAAGCGUUCAAAGCGCGAUGAUCAGUGGUGAACGCCUCCUUGAACUUUUCAAAGAGCUUCCAACGGUAAUUGAUGAGCCCGGGGCCAUUGAAACACCUGUUUGCGAUGGCGAGAUUCGAUUUGAUAACGUAAAAUUUUCAUACGAUGAGCGUAAACCGGCCUUAGAAGGCCUCUCCUUCACCUGUCGCCCAGGUACCACAACAGCCCUUGUUGGAGAGUCUGGAGGAGGUAAAUCCACCGUCUUUAGGCUUCUGUUUCGCUUCUACAACUCUCAAGUCGGCAGUAUCCAGGUAGAUGGGCAUGAUGUUAGAGAUAUAACCAUUGACUCGCUACGCAGACAUAUCGCAGUAGUUCCGCAAGAUACCAUUCUUUUUAACGAAACCCUAAUGUAUAAUCUCAAAUAUGCCAAUCCAGAUGCUACUGAUGCGGAUGUAUUUGCCGCUUGUCGAGCUGCCUCAAUACACGAUAAGAUACUAGCUUUUCCCGAUGGAUACGACACUAAAGUCGGUGAAAGAGGUUUACGCCUCAGUGGUGGUGAAAAACAGCGCGUUGCAAUUGCACGUGCUAUAAUCAAGAAUCCGAGAAUUAUUCUGUUGGAUGAGGCAACUGCCGCACUUGACUCUGAAACUGAACAGAAUAUACAAAAUUCGCUGACUAAAUUAUCAGAAGGUCGAACAGUUCUUGUCAUAGCUCAUCGGCUUUCUACAAUUACAGCAGCUGAUCAAAUAUUGGUACUCCAUGCCGGUAAGGUUGUUGAAGCUGGAAAUCAUAAUGAUCUACUGCAAAGUAAAGGUCGAUACUACAACAUGUGGAAGAAGCAAAUUCGUGCCGAGCGUGCAAUGGAACAAGCUUCUGCCGCGAUCGCAAAGGCUCAGGCUCUCAAGGAAGCUGUUGUACAGCGUCCUGACAGCUCUGGUAACGAGGCUAGUCCAAGUGAGGACGCUUCUGAUAUGGAGAUCGGCGCGUACUCCUAUGAGACAUGUAUACCUGGUGAUGAAGAUAAGCUUGCGGCAAGCACAAAAAAAGUAUGUGACAAUGCCUCUUCAAGUUCAUAA